ACAGAGUCACCACCAUAUGUAGCAAGAGAUAAAGAAUCCACUGAGUAUUUAAUUUACCCAAUCAGGUCUCCCGAUUGACGAAAAUACCCUCAACCAAAACCAUACUCAACUCCAACUUACUCCGUCAUUUCCCGCAAAACACUGUCCUUUUUCGUCCACCCGAAGUCUUACCCUGUCCAAAUUUUCUCCCAGUCUCAGUCCCUUCCACCACUGUCCUAAACCCAACAGAAGCAGAGUUAAGAGAGAGUUAGAGAGAGAGAGAGAGAGAGAGAGAGGGCAGAAAUGGAAGGAAGCACAAACAGAGCGGAGGCGGAGAGGUGGCUGAGCAUAGCAGAGAGGCUCCUGAUGACAAGUGACUUUCACGGGGCAAAGAGCUUCGCGAUCCGGGCACGUGACUCCGACCCGAGGACGAGGAUGGAGUCCGCGGACCAAAUAAUCGCCGUCGCCGACACGCUAAUUGCCGGAGAGUCCCGGAUCACCGACGGCCAGCCCAACUGGUACGCCAUCCUCCAGCUCGUCCAGCCGACUCAGAGCCUCGAGCUCAUCGCUACUCAGUUCCGCCGGCUAGCCAUCCUCCUCAGUCCGGAAAGGAACCGCCUCGGAUUCGCCGAUCAGGCCUUCAGGCUCGUCGCCGACGCCUGGUCCGUUCUCUCCCACCCCUCCAAGAAAGCCGAUUUCGAUCACGCGCUCAGCAUUUUCUUGGCCUCCGAGUCGACUCAGCCACAACUAUCUGUGAGAAGAAGCCCUCGAACCAAGGACGGAAAAGCAGUACCCUCAGACGAAGAUAGGCCGAGUUUCAAUCACGUCACCGAGUCGACUGGGCAAUCUCGGCCUACUCCUGAGUGGAUUGGGCAAUCUCGACCUACUCCUGAGUCGACCAGGCAAUCUCGGCCUACUCCUGAGUCGACUGAACAAUCUCGGCGUACUCCUGAGCCAACUACUAGGCAAUCUCGACCUACUCCUGAGCCAACUACUCGGCAAUCUCGGCGGCCUACUCCUGAGCCAACUACUCGGCAAUCUCGGCCUACUCCUGAGUCGAAUCGACAAUCUCGUCCUACUCCUGAGUCGACUCGGCAAGAAACUCGUCCGGCUGAGUCAGAAUCGCCGAGUUUCUGGACGGCGUGCCCGUACUGCUACGUGCUUUACGAGUACCCCAAGGUCUACGAGGAGUGUACUCUUCGUUGCCAGAAAUGUAAGAUGGCGUUCCACGCGGUGAUGAUACCGUCACCACCGGUGACAGACAAAGACACGUACUUCUGUUGCUGGGGGUUCUUCCCGAUAGGGCUUACGUGUAAUGACUCGAGCGGGUCGUCGAAGUGGACGCCGAUCUCGCCGGUGUUCGCUUGUCCCGUGCAAGCCGCGGGCGGAGCAAACAGAAACGUUUCGAAACCGAAGAGCUCGCCGAGGGUUUAUUAUGACGACCAGGACGCGCUUUUGGAGGUUUCUGACUCGAGUGAGGAUUCGGAUGAUGAGUGGGGGAGUAAUAGGAGGAAAAGAAAGGCGAAGAAAAGAGCCUCCGCGAGUGCGUAUGCGAAGAAAGCUCAGAAUGAGAGAGUGAGGAAGGUACAGUCCAAUGCGGCCAGCGGUGAAACUUUGGAGGGUUCGAAGGCGGAGGCGAGUAAGAAGUCGGGGGGCGGUGCGGGGAAGAGGGGCGCGGCGGAGUUGGGAAAAUUGGAUUUGAAUGUGGAGUUCAGUAAUGAGGCGGAGGAGCCAGCGCGGGGGACUAAUGCAGGUAAUGGGGAGGAGGAUAACAUCGAAGGGAUUGGGUUUUUUGAAGGUCUUGAUGAGUUCUUGAGUAGCUUGCCGAUUCUGAAAGGUUAAAGGCUACUUGGUGAAGUAAGACUUCUUCCUUUUGUUGUUGCUGUUGUAGCUGUUGUGCUUUUGUAUGGUAUGUACAAUUAUAUUAUGUAGAGCUGCUGUGCGUUUUGUUCAAUGGUCCUCAAUUAGCCAAUCGUUCAUAUGAUUCGCUGCAAUUUGCUUCUAGUCAUUCUUUUGACGGCUGUGAGGAGGAUGUUUCCACCACUGUGAUUAUCCUCUUGUGUAACAUUGGAUGACUGAGGUUUUAGUUAAAUUCGGUUACGUUGUUAGCCAUGAAGAGGACCUGGUUGAUGGGAACCUUGAAAGUUGUCUCUUCAAUAGCUUUCUGCAAAGGUUA